GUAAGAUGUACGGAUAUUCUAAAAAAAUAUUAAUAUUUUGAUUAAUUGGUUAUGCAGUUGUCACUCUAUGACCGUCCAAUUAGCUCUCUUUUAAAUGUGGGCUCCGAUUUACGGCCCCGCGCAUCCGUAUGCUAAAGACGGGAUCGCUCAAGGGAUGCGUAAUCACAAGCUAGGGUCUGUGGAAGAUGCUUCGAUUGGAUCAUUUGGGUUCGAUGAGCAGUACAAUACGUUUCAUAAGUACGGUUACGCGGCGGAUCCGUCUGGGAUGCAUUAUGUCGGCGAUGUUGAGGCGUUGAAGCAGAACGAUGGUCUUUCGGUUUAUAAUAUCCCUCAGAGUGAGCAGAAGCGGAGGAAGAUUGAGAAGAAUAGAGAGGAGAGAGAAGGGGAAGAGAAAAAGGAAGAGAUUGAGCCUGAGGCUGAGAAUCCGGCGACGGAAGCUUGGCUUAUGAAGAAUAGGAAGAGUCCAUGGUCGAGGAAGAAGGAGGUGGUUCAGGGAGAGUUGACGGAGGAGCAGAAGAAGUAUGCGGAGGAUCACGCGAAGAAGAAGGAAGAGAAGGGACAACAAGGUGAAGCCAAAGGGGAGCAUUAUGCGGAUAAGAGUACCUUCCAUGGCAAAGAGGAGAAAGAUUAUCAAGGAAGGUCUUGGAUUGAGGCUCCGAAAGAUGCAAAAGCGAACAAUGAUCAUUGUUACAUUCCAAAACGUUUGGUUCAUACAUGGAGUGGUCACACGAAAGGUGUUUCUGCUAUUAGGUUCUUCCCAAAGCAAGGACAUUUGCUUCUCUCUGCAGGUAUGGAUUGUAAGGUUAAGAUUUGGGAUGUGUAUAACUCUGGUAAAUGUAUGAGGACUUACAUGGGUCACGCCAAAGCUGUGAGGGAUAUUUGCUUUUCCAAUGAUGGGUCUAAGUUCUUAACUGCUGGGUAUGAUAAGAACAUUAAGUAUUGGGACACGGAAACUGGCCAAGUUAUAUCGACUUUCUCGACUGGGAAGAUUCCGUAUGUGGUGAAGCUGAAUCCGGAUGAUGACAAGCAGAACAUUUUGUUGGCUGGUAUGAGUGAUAAGAAGAUUGUGCAGUGGGAUAUUAAUACGGGGGAGAUUACACAAGAGUAUGAUCAGCACUUGGGGGCAGUUAAUACUAUCACAUUUGUGGACAAUAACAGAAGAUUUGUCACGUCUAGUGAUGAUAAGUCUCUCCGCGUUUGGGAAUUUGGGAUCCCGGUGGUUAUCAAGUAUAUCAGUGAGCCUCAUAUGCAUUCUAUGCCUUCUAUUUCUGUUCACCCGAAUGGAAACUGGCUUGCUGCACAGAGUUUGGAUAACCAGAUUCUGAUCUACAGUACCCGAGAAAGGUUUCAGCUGAAUAAGAAGAAGAGAUUUGCAGGGCACAUUGUUGCCGGAUAUGCAUGCCAAGUUAACUUCUCACCAGAUGGACGGUUUGUAAUGUCAGGAGAUGGUGAGGGUAAGUGCUGGUUUUGGGACUGGAAGAGCUGCAAAGUGUUUAGAACUCUGAAAUGUCAUAAUGGAGUAUGCAUUGGAGCCGAGUGGCAUCCUCUGGAACAGAGUAAAGUCGCAACAUGUGGAUGGGACGGCUUGAUUAAGUACUGCUGCAUAAUAGUUGUUGGGACUAAGACAAGUCGUAGGCAUCACGGAGAAAGAGAGAGUAGAAGGCGCCGAAAUCACGGCCUAGCCUGGGCUAUACGGAAUGCUUCAUCUUUGGGAUACAAAACCCCUUUUGAGUUCUGCUUUCCUCUGUUUUAGAUUCUUCAGUGUUGUAACAAUCUCGGUUUAAUGGAUUAUGUAGAGGGACGAUCGAAACAAUUUCAAAUGCUUUAGAGAAACUGUUGACUGAGUCGUUAUAAAGAUAGCUUGUAAGACUUGUAAUUUUGCAAAAGCUGUGUUAUUUGCACCAUUGCAGCAAUGUUAGCUUUUAUUCGGAUACGUUAUUAUUGGGGCUUGUUGAUUUGUUCUGAUUAUGUCAUGCUCCUUGGUUUAUUACAGGACUUGAACAAAAUGAUCGGUUAACA